AUGGAGGGGUGCAGAGCGCCUCUUCUCAACGGCUGGAUUACACCAUUUAUAAUGGGUUUCCUCCUCUGCAUGUCCAUUCCACUGGCAUCGGCGAAGGUGCGGCGGUACCGGUGGGAGGUAACCUACGAGCUGCAAUCCCCCGAUUGCCUGGAGAAGCUGGUGAUUGCCAUCAAUGGGAGGACUCCCGGCCCGACCAUCAUGGCUCAGCAGGGAGACACGGUCAUCGUCGAGGUCAAGAACGGCCUCCUCACAGAGAACACCGCCAUUCACUGGCACGGCAUCCGCCAGGUUAAACCGCGAGAGCCCCCCCUUCCCCUUUCUUGCUCAUCUCCGGCGACCUUACAGUCCGCUGACGGCCUCCUUCGCCGGUGACUUCGCCGCCAAUUUUUCCAGAUUGGGACGCCAUGGAGCGACGGCACGGAAGGCGUGACGCAGUGCCCCAUCCUCCCCGGCGAGACCUUCGUCUACAAGUUCGUCGUCGAUAGGGUAAGAAGCUGCCCCUCCCUCACAUUUUUCGCCUUCCAAUCUCCUGUUCACGGAGUCAUACCUUCAUCGUUGACUUUUACUUCUUCCUAUUCUGCACUCUUCCCUGAAAUAUUCUUUGAACGCCGUCAUCUUAAGAGACUGUCUCCUCAGGCCGUGGGCCUGAACUUAGCGGUGUUUUUGUCGUCUCGCAAGGACCCCCGCCCCCCACUAGCCACAGGGUCCGUCGGCGUUGGCCCCGAUUUUACUCUAGUCAGAAUCCAACCCAAUAUAAUUAUCGCUUUCCUUUUAAAAAAAAAAUCAACGGUCGACGGCGGUCAGUUGAAUAAUAUUAAAAAAUAUUGCAUAAAAUAUUGAAUUAAUAGAAUUUAAUAAAAGUGGGCCCUUUUCGAUAACCAUGGUGGUGGAUGGAUCAUCCUCAGCCGUUGUUAUCUUCGUGAUUCCCUCGGUGAGUUGACUGUAAAUGUCAAAAGGAUUGCUCAUCUCCCAAAUAGUCAAAUGCGUAUCACUUUGCGAAACUAGAUAUUUCAUAGCUACUAUGAGAACUGAUCGUCCUCGACAAUCACUCUAAAGUGACUCCCUUCAGCAAAUAACCUGUCCAUGUAUAAGAGCCAAUGAGGUCCUAAUUUCUUAAAUAUUUAGUCCCCUUAAAUCUGCAAAAUUAUGCCCUUUAGUGCUACUAUGACAACGGAUCGUCUUAAUUUAGCAAGUUCACCGUUGACCAUCAAGAAUCAACUUUUCAACUCAUUGUGAUGGUUUCAGCAAACACUUGAUCAGUGAGCUCAUUGGUUACGAAAUGCUUAUAACCUUGGAAAAAUAAGCUUUUUACUUACCAUGGUGAUCGAUCAUGUCAGCCUCUGGUUUCACGCGACUCCUAUGUCCAGUAGGUCGUUGACCAGUAUGAAUCAUCUAGUUUCUAACCUCGAAAAACACUAGACGCCAUAAAUUUUUCAAAACCUUUCGCCUGGUAUCCAAAAAACCAUGCAAACGUUUCGUUAGCUGAAAAAAAAAUAACCUUGUUGACCAUCAAGAAUCAACUUUUGAACUCACUGUGAUUCUUUCAGAAACACUGUUGACCAGCGAGCUCAUUGGUGAUUCAACCCUUCUGCAUAAAAACCAAAACCCCUUUAGAGUCGAACACCUUGCUAAUCUCCGAAAUCAUUAACUGUUGAUUAAUUUGCAAAUAUGAGCCCAAACCCUUACGAACAGAGAUCAGUCGUCUUCAACCUCUCGUCUCACUGUGAUUCCUUCGUCGAAAAUGGCGGCAGCCCGGGACCUACAUCUACCACGCUCAUUACGGGAUGCAGAGGUCUGCCGGCCUCUAUGGGUCCAUCCACGUCUCCCUCCCCGACGGCAUUUCGGAGCCCUUCGCGUACGACUACGACCGGAACAUCGUCCUCAACGACUGGUGGCACAAGACCACCCACGAGCAGGCCGCCGGCCUAUCCUCCAUCCCUUUCGUCUGGGUCAAGGAGCCUCAGGUGCCUAUUCUCUCUAAACCUUUCCAUUGUUCCUCUGUUUUUGAGAUGGAUGUCCUGUUCAACUCCUAGCGUUUGCCUUGCAGUCACUUCUGAUCAAUGGGAGGGGAUGGUUCAACUGCUCACAAGCCGGGACUGCCGUCUGCAACUCUACCAACCCGCAGUGCUCCCCCUUCGUGCUCACGGUGGUGCCAGGGAAGACCUACCGCCUAAGGAUCUCCAGCCUUGCUUCUCUCUCGGCGUUCAACUUUGAGAUAGAGGUGAGGAGGGGAGGGAACGGUCCCAGCAGACGAAGAAGACGGCCACUUAGGUCGCAGGAAAAUAAGCACUGACCUUGGGGGUUCUUUUGCAGGGUCACAACAUGACCGUCGUAGAAACCGACGGCCACUACGUCGAGCCAUUCGUCGUGAAGAACCUCAACAUCUACUCCGGCGAGACCUAUUCCGUCCUGGUGGUCGCCGACCAGGAACCUUCCCGCAACUACUGGGCGGCCUUGAACGUCGUCAGCAGGAAGCCCGACACCCCCACCGGUCUCGCCAUCUUCAACUACUACCCCAACCACCCCCGCCGCCGUCCCCCGACGGCGCCGCCUGCCGGGCCCCUCUGGAACGACACCGAGUACCGCCUGAACCAGAGCCUAAAGAUUAGGGCUCGCCGGGGAUACGUCUACCCCCCGCCGACCACCACAGACCGGGUGAUCACCCUUCUGAACACCCAGAACAGGAUUGACGGCCACACCCGGUGGGCCGUCAACAACAUCUCCUUCACCCUCCCCCACACCCCUUACCUGAUCGCCCUCAAGCACAAGCUGCACCACACCUUCAGCCAGUCGGCGCCGCCGGAGACCUACGACCGCGCAAACUACGACAUCUUUAAGCAGGCGGCGAACCCCAACGCCACCUACAGCGACGCCGUGUAUCGGCUGAAGUUCAACUCCACGGUGGACAUCAUCCUCCAGAACGCGAACAGCAUGGUCCCCAACAACAGCGAGACCCAUCCCUGGCACCUCCAUGGCCAUGACUUCUGGGUCCUCGGUCAUGGGCCGGGGGUCUUCGAUCCGGUCAACGAUCCCCUGAGGAAGUACAACCUAGUGGACCCCAUCAUGAAGAACACUGUGGCGGUUCACCCUUAUGGCUGGACGGCGAUCAGAUUCGUGGCCGACAACCCAGGCGUGUGGGCGUUCCACUGCCACAUCGAGUCACACUUCUUCAUGGGAAUGGGAAUUGUCUUCGAGGAGGGUGUGGAGAGGGUCGGCCGGCUGCCGGCAGCCAUCAUGGGCUGUGGCGACUCUCACCGCCUCCCCCGUCAUUGA